GAUGGCGUUUGAUGAAGAAGGCGCUAUUUCGGGCUUCGUAGUUUUGUGUUGUUAAGGUGUACACAUAUAUGUUGUGUAAUUGAGUAAACAUUGUUAAUAUUUAUUUGCCAUUGCAUACAUUAGUCUGAGCGCACUUUGACGCUUUUCGAGCCAGCAAAGCUUGCUAGCUUAGCUUUUUAGCCGCUAACAGAGAGACGCGGCCAUUAUCAACACCUCGCUAAUCACUUAAAACAGAGAUCAGGUGUGAGUGUAAAGUGUUGUGAUUGUGUGAAAAUGUGCGAAAGAACGAUAGCAGAGUACGAGGAGGAACUUUGUCCAACAAAAGAGGAGAAGGAGCGACAACAUCAACUACUGGACGCUGAUUUCAAGAAACAUCAAGUUGUGUUACACAGAACAGACAUACAGCAGUUGGUUGGAUGUCAAGAAGAACGUGCCCGUCGACUGCAAGGGGGGAGCUUGACUUUGGGGCAGGAGGAUCCACAGUUCCCGCAUAAUCAACAAGAGGAGGAACCACAACCCCCUCAUAUUAAAGAAGAAGAGAAGCCACCGCUCCUUCAUUGUAAAGAGGAAGAAUCACAGCCAGCGUAUGUUAAAGAUGAAAAUAAAGAAUCACAGGCCCCUCGUUUUAAAGAGGAGCCACAACCCCCACUUGUCAAAGAAGAGGAGGAGCCACAUCCCCCUCAUUUUAAAGAGGAAGAACUGUGGACCACUCAGGAGAGAGGAGGGCAGGAGGAGGCUGAUCUCACCAAGUUUCCACAGAUUGUUGUCUCUGUGAAGACUGAAGAGCAUGAAGACAAACCACCUGAGUCCUCACAGCUUCAUCACAGUCCAAGUGGGGAGAACCGAGCCGUGGAACCUUCAAGAAGCAGCUCAACUCAACACAUGACAACAGAAGCUGAUGGAGACCACUGUGGAGGAUCACAAGCAGACAAGCUCUUAGCUCCACUAUCAGAUAGUGACGAGAUGUCAGACCUUGAUGUAAAUAUGGAAUCACACAUGGGAACGCACACGGAAGAAAAACCCUUUUCUUGUUCUGUUUGUGCAAAAGAGUUUGUCGUAAAAUCGAGUUUGACUCGACACAUGAAAACACACACAGGAGAAAACCCGUUCAGUUGUUCGGUUUGUGGUAAAGGCUUUGAUGACAAAUGUUAUAUGCGCACACACAUGAGAACGCACGCAGAAGAAAAACCCUUUUCUUGUCCGGUUUGUGCCAAAGGGUUUGUCGUAAAGUAUAGUUUGACUCAACAUAUGAAAACACACACGGGAGAAAACCCGUUCAGUUGUUCAGUUUGUGCAAAGGGGUUUGUGGUCAAAUCUAGUUUGACUCGACACAUGAGAACACACACAGGAGAAAACCAUGUCAGUUGUUCGGUUUGCGGUAAAGUCUUUGAUGACAAAUGUUACAUGCAAACACACAUGAGAAAACACACAGAAGAAAACCCAUUCAUUUGUUCCGUUUGUGGUAAAAGACUAUCUGACAAAUGUAGUAUGCAAAUGCACAUGAGAACACACACAGGAGAAAAACCUUUCAGUUGUACAGUGUGUGGUAAAAAAUUCCUGAACAGAAGUAAUACUCAAAAACACAUGAGAAAACACACGGGAGAAAAACCUUUCAUCUGUUCAGUGUGCGGUAAAAGAUUCUCGGACAGAAGUAAUUUACGAACACACGCGAGAAGACACACAGGAGAAAAACCUUUCAGCUGUUCAGUGUGUGCCAAAAGAUUCUCUGUCAACAGUAGCAUGCAGAGACACAUGAGCGUGCACACGAGAGUAAAACCUCUCAACUGUUCAGUGUGCGUUAAAAGAUUCUCUGACAAAUGUAGCAUGCAAAGACACAUGAAAUCACACACAGGAGAAUAACUUUUCCCUUUUGGAAGUCCUUUUUGAAUGGACCCAAGAGUCAUUUAAGGCUUAUUGCAGGAACCAGCCAGCUCACCUUUUGUUAUGAAUUACAAAUCCCUGUCAAGUUUCUUUGAAGUACUGGUUAAAAUCAACACAUGUUUUUCCAAAGUCAAAUACAUUGUUUUUAGGUAUGAUUCAAAGCGAUUUGCAACUUGUUUUCAAACCAAAUUAUAACAACUACUGGCUAGCUUAUGUUACCAUUAUCGGAUUAACAGAACCUAUACGGUAUAUUUUUUAAUGUUAAUUACAGCUUGUAUUAAAUAUAAAGCAAUUACAAAAGCAGUCCAAUAGAAGCAACUAUUUGCAGUCAUGUUGUUGUUAUGAUAGAAGACAUAACCAAUGAUAGCUCAUGUUCGCUGUCCACAUUGUUGUUACCAGCUACUAGUCUUAUAUUAGUAUUUAGUGUACAUCAUUACGUCUCUAAAGCUGUCAGGGUAAAAUGCCUAAAAUACGUCGGAAAGUUAGCACCCUCUGGACAUUUGCGCAGAGGUUGCAAACAUCCCCUUAAAAGAGAACUGUUAAGAAAAAACGACCGGCGGGAAGGCGAGAGACUUUUAAUUUCAACAGACUCUCUAGCCGUACCGGCCGUCAAAAGCCUAAGGACCGACCGCACAGUUCCUGUCUUCACAAUAAAAGCGCUGCUCCAUCCUGCCUGCAUUAACAAAAUAAGAGUCUCAAAAAGCUUGCACACUCAAGCGAGCAUGCUACGGAGUUUGCCGUGAAUGUAUUUCUUGUAAAGUGUAUAAAAAGGAAUAUGAAAGAUGGACAAAUAAGAUGGCAAAAAACCAACCACUUACAUGUGGUAUUGGACCAAAAGGAGGACUAUUUUUCUCUCAUACAAUGUUAAUUCGAAAAUGUGGAAGUUAUCAGCAGUACUGUGAAUUCUGUCGGAUUUCAAUAAAUGCAAGUCAUCAGAAUUAUGUAAUACACCAACGUAUAUUCUUGUCUUCACCAAAGAAAGAAAUCUAUAUGAGUUAUACAUGCUUGUAUUUUUAUUAAACACCUUUUUUA